AUGUCUUUUGAAUCCACUGAAUCAAUGAAACGUCUAGUAGAAGAGGCCUCACGAGUUGAAUUUAUACCUGGUGGAGCCUUAAAAAUCUACUUUCGUUCCGCUAAUUCCUUGUUAAGACAGAAUGCUAAUUUAGCCUUGACAGAAAUUCAAAAUAUGAAACCGAUUUUAGAUGAUUAUUUUCGUCAAUUGGAAGCAGAAGCAUCGAAGGGAGAACAUGCAAUAGAUCAUUCAAAAGUUCUUAAAACAUCUGAACAUUAUAAUAGAAUGCAAAGGCAACAACAACUAAAACAAGAAGAGCAGCAGCAAAUUAAUUUAAGGCCAAUUGAUGAUAGAGCAAUUCCUCUGCCGGUUAAUGACAAAACAGUGUCUCCGUCGAUUAAUGAUAGAGCAGUUCCUCUGCCGAUUAACAAUAAAACAGAUAUUGGAGCAUACAAAAAUCAUCCAAACUGGGAUUUAAUCAAUGAAUUAAAAGACAUUGUUCCAGCUGAUUCUUUGUAA